CUCUUACCUGCUCCCACGACGAUCCAUCCAGGAAGCGCUGCUCCUUCACUCGGCUCGACACCAAUGAUGGGGCACUAUUCCUCCUCCACUGACACCAAUGAUGGGGCACUAUUCCUCCUCCACUGACACCAAUGAUGGGGCACUAUUCCUCCACUGACACCAACGAUGGGGCACUAUUCCUCCCACCGACACCAACGGUGGGGCACUAUUCCUCCCACCGACACCAACGGUGGGGCACUAUUCCUCCCCCCACUGACACCAUCGAUGGGGCACUAUUCCUCCCCCCA